AUGGCAGAUAAAUUAAACGAAUAUCAGGGUGUGACUGGACGCUUGCACUCAACGAGAGACAAGUUCAGAGAGCGCUGGACUCAAUGGAAGGAAGACCAUCCCCAGGGAGUGAGGGAAGCAGUCAGAGAAGCUCUUUUUGCUAUACCAAAUUCUGAUGAGCCCCCUGAAUGUGUAGCCCGGGAGGGCGAAUACAGUGACUUAUUUAGGAGAAAGAACAGACUGGAGUUAAUGAGGAUAUCAGCAGCAGUCAUGGGAAUAGAAUUUUCGUACGCUGGUGAAACCGCAUUUGUAUCACCGACGCUUCUACAAAUCGGCGUACCUCAUCAACAAAUGACUUUAGUUUGGGCUUUAUCGCCUCUAAUUGGGUUUUUCUUGACACCUUUGCUGGGUUCUCUCAGUGACAGAUGCCCUUCGAAGUACGGUAGACGAAGACCUUUCAUUGUUUUGAUGUCUAUUGGAGUACUUUUGGGAUUAAUUCUAGUUCCUAACGGCGAAGACAUAGGUUACGCGCUAGGAGAUGAAGGUUCAGUUAACAAAACAGUCGUCCCUUCAGCUUUGGGUCCGAGAAGAGCAGCCCUUGACGUUGAAAGCAACAACCACCAUCCAUGGGGAGUUCUCUUCACAGUGCUUGGGACGGUUCUUUUAGAUUUCGAUGCUGAUGCCUGCCAAAGCCCAGCAAGGGCUUAUCUACUUGACGUGACAGUUCCAGAGGAUCAUGCUAAGGGCUUGAGUACGUUUACCGUCAUGGCCGGAUUAGGCGGUUUCAUGGGUUACGCUCUCGGGGGAAUAAAUUGGGAUGAUACUUCCUUAGGAGCCCUGUUUGGCGGACACGUUAGAGCUGUAUUUUUUCUUAUAACAAUCAUUUUCAUUGUAUGCGUUACGGCUACAAUAACAAGUUUUAAGGAAAUACCAUUGCACGAGAUAAGAGACAGCGACGAAUAUAAGACACUAAAUGACAAGGAUCAAUUUGACGAACAUUUCCAAGGAAGCGACGAUGUCGAAAAGAAUGGUCUGAAGAAAGAUAAUACUUCAUACGGAUCUUUGAACAAUCCUGACAUCGAAACUGGCGUCACAACGAUUAAAGUUCCUCCACUAGAAGGUCAUUCCGGGCAACCGCUUUCUUUGAAGCACUACCUGAAGUCUAUCGUGCUGAUGCCUAAGUCUUUGCGUAUCGUCUGCCUCACUAAUCUGUUUUGCUGGAUGGCUCACGUCUGUUAUUCUCUCUAUUUCACUGAUUUCGUUGGGGAAUCUGUUUUCGGUGGAAACCCUGCUGCGCCAGUGGGAAGCGAAAGCCGUACAAAUUAUGAAGCGGGUGUUCGCUUCGGAUGUUGGGGCAUGGCAAUGUAUUCAUUAUCCUGUGCUUGCUAUUCCACGAUUAUUGAAAAGCUUAUAAAAUCGGUAGGCGCUAAGAAAGUGUACGUAGGUGGAUUAUGUACGUACAGCUGUGGGAUGCUCAUGUUGUGCUUGCUUCGAGCUCGUGCUGCUGUAUUGCUGUUUAGCUGGACAGCUGGAAUUAUGUACUCUACACUCUUCACCAUGCCAUAUUUACUGGUCGCACAUUAUCACGCAACUGGAAUGUGGGACAGCGAGGGUGGUGGUAGUGAACAGGAGCGCGGUAUAGGUACCGAUGUCGCGGUGGUCAGCAGCUGUGUGUUCGUAGCUCAACUCUGUAUUUCAGUGAUUAUGGGUUUCGCUGUUAAGAUCACUGGCUCUACUGCGGCAGUUGUCGCAGUUGCUGCUACGCUAGCUGGCGCUGCUGCUUUUACUGCUACCAAGAUUACAUACCUUGAUCUUUAAGUUAUAAGCAGUUACUUAGAAAUCUGAUUACUCACGAUGUUGUAAUGUUAUGAUUGAUAUCAGUAGGUAGAUAUGAUUACAUCAUUUAUAAUAAAUUAAAUCUUAAUUAAUGCUUAAGUAAAUUACUUUCUUGAUAUUUGUUCACGCAAUAAUGUAUGUGAAAUUGUAAUAGGUAGUAGAAAAAGAACUGUUCCAGAACAACUGUUUUCGUAUAUGGUUAGCAAAUUUAACACCUAACACCGAUUAUUACAAAGGGAAGUGUUCAAUUUAUAAAAAAAAUUGUUGUUGUAAAAUUCCUGAUAUAUUUUGAGGAUCAUGUAAGACUGUUACUUUUGUUACCAAGGAAAAAUUAAUUAUAAUUUUUAAUUGUAAAAGUCUUAUAUGUGGCUUGCUAUU